UUCUCUCUCCCCCCACAAGCAGCUCACUGAAUUCUCACUCCGCUCCCUCCCUAAAGAAAGGACACAGCUGAUAACAGCAAGUUUUAAAACAAAGCUGGAACUGCUGAGGGCAGAGAACGGUCAAAACAACCCGAGCCGGCAGUAUCAGCCGUUACCAAGCCCUGCGUCUUCAUGGAUCCUCUGUUCCGAGUGUUAUUCUACUUUCUGGUCGCUGAAGUUCUUGGAGAUCAGACCCCGGCAUUUGACAGCACAGAAGUUCCUUCGGUCACUUGGCCAGAUUGGAUGGCUAGUCUCCCGGACCACCUACCGCUUUCAUCCUUGGCGAUCCCGGGCACUCAUGAUACCAUGGCAUUUUAUGGUGGCUCGCUGGCUGAAUGCCAAAGCUGGAGGCUAGAAAAUCAAUAUAAAGCUGGAAUUCGAUUCUUAGACAUCCGGUGUAGACAUUACCAAGACCGCCUGCCCAUCUUCCAUGGAGUGUCCUACCAACGUACUGAUUUUGUAGAAGUCCUUAUCGACACGGUGAGAUUCUUGACUGAAUAUCCGACCGAAACUGUGCUGAUGAGGGUGAAAGAAGAGUACGAGCCUUAUCAGAACACAAGAAGCUUCUACAAGAGUGUAGCCGAAGUGGUGGAAUCCAUUGGACAACAUUGGUUCCUGAGGACCAAUUACCUUCCUACCUUGGGUGAAGCCAGGGGAAAAGUGAUCAUUUUGCAGAACUUCCAAUCCUUGGGAGAGGGUCCAGAUUUUGGACCUCCCUAUCCUGGUUCAAUGAGCAUCUCCGAUGAGUAUCAAGUGACUGACGAUAAUGAAAAGUGGAAGGAGGUGGAGAGGCAUCUUAAUGUGGCCCAAAGUGGAGAUCCCAAGAUGACCUAUCUAACCUACUCUUCUGGAGUUCACUGGCUCCUCUAUCCACCAAAGAACUUGGCUUAUCUGAUUAAUCCAAGACUACAUGAGUUCCUCUCAGCUAUACAUUCUUUAGAAAGUAGGAGCAGGUCAGUGGGGGUAGUUAUCUUGGAUUUUCCUGGGGCUGAACUUGUGAGGGAAAUUAUCUUGGACAACUGGAAGUAAGCGAAGAGGAUGUAAUGUAGGUGAGCAGCACUUCAAUAAAAUUGUUAAUCCAG